AUGACUGUCAUUGUCUCUAAAAUCACUCAACUUUUCAAAGUAUUUAUCAAAAUGCCAAGUGGGAUAGACAGCGAAUCUGAAUCAGAAAAAGAAGUUGAAGAUUCCACCCUCAUGUCCAGAAAAGCCCUUUAUAAAUCAGGGGUCCCUCAGCUGGAGAUCCCAUUUGCAGUACAGAAUGUCAUCUCUAGGAUUGAGCAAGCACAGCUUUAUCGAGCCAGAGAGGACAUUAACAUGCAGCUGACUGACAUAAUGCUCAAUGUGCAGCGGAUAAUAAAUCGCUACACUCUUGAUGAGAACGUGCACUCUGGAAGAAAAAUCUCCCUUACAGAAUAUAAGAAACGGAGAGGAAAUUUCCUGGAGAAAAUAGUUACUUAUGCUAAGAAUGCUGAAAUUAGAGAAAAGACUCUUGUGUACAUCCUGGCCUGGUUGGAAGAAUGGAAUGCCAUUUUGUCUGAGAUGACUGCAGUGGAUAUUGAGGACCACCACCACUGGAUAGCACAAAUGGAGUUUUUACCAGAAAAGUUCAAAGCUAUUGAGAACAAUGUCAAGAUACUGAGUAGAAUUAGUGUAUCUUUGCUUGAAGAAAAGAAGAGACAAAAGAAAAAAAUAACAUCUAGAGGUACUCUAUGGAAAUCUUGGAAAGAAAGAGUUAUAAAGCGACCGGCAACUGCUCAUGCUUUAAGACCAGAUCAGAUAAUUAGUGAUGAAUUUGCAACAAAUACAAAGGUUUCAGAAAUCCAAGAUAUGCUACAGGAACUCAUAAACACUACGAUGUUCAAUAAAUUGGAAAACAGUGCUAUUAAAUAUAUAUCAUCAACGAUAAUAAACCUUUCCAAAGCUUUGAGUACACUAAAUGAUGAACUAAAAGUUUUUAACCUCCAGAGUGCCAAUAUGUAUAUAAGUGAGACAAGUGAAAAAGAAAAAGAGCUCUCCCUGAAGAUAAUGCGAGAGCUCAGUGAAAAAAAUGAAAUGCUUCAGCAGAAACUUCAAGAUGCAGAAGAAAAAUAUGAACAAUUUAUUUGGUCCAAAGGUGUUGUAGAACCCCAAGUAGGUACAGCAUUACCCACAUCAACCUUGAAAGUGUUGCCCGAGCUUUCUUCACAAUCAUCCACUAGCAAAGCUGACACAGAAAACAGUAUGGAUGAUAUUUUGGUUAAAGAAUUGGAAAAUAUUAUAGAUGAGACCCAAACAAAAGAGACCAAAGGCUUGGGGAUCAAGUGGGACUCAGCUAUUUCAUAUAUAGUCCCAGCUGAAAUGACUCCAGGUUUAAUUGAAGAGCGAUAUCCUUUACUUGAAAAAAAACCAAAAGAGUCUUCUGAAGAUAUCACUGAAGAUAAGAUAUCACUGAAGAAAGGUGAUAUCUAUCAGAAAGAUGGGACUGACCAGUAUCAAUCACAGAAUAAACAGCGAACUAAAGGCCCAUAUAUGCAUGAGACCUCUGGAUUAAAUGUGAGUGAUGAUAAAGGUAAAGAGAGAGACUCAGAGACCAAACUUGAUUACCAUUUGGAGCUACAGUCACUGGAAAAGAAGAGAAAAGAAAUAAAAUCCAUUUCUGAAGACAAAUCAAAGUCAUCCACUGAAUCAAGAAGUCCACAUGUCCCUGCUGAUUACCCUUCUACUGACACAAAAAGCCAAGGUAGCAGAAGUGGAACAAGCAGUAUAUGGGAACAAUUCAGGAAGCUCAAGCCUGAGUAUCCACGUGACAAAAGCCAGAUUUCUUCAGAGAAUAAAGAGGAACCCACCACUGAGUCAAUGGACAAAGAGACCAAAAGCGAGAUGAGCAGCCAAGCAGAGCAAUUCGGGUUAACCCAACUUGGUUAUUCCUCUGAGAAAGUGAAAAUAAAAGGAAAGAAACACCACGUCACUUCAGAAACCACCACAAGCAAACAGAGAAAAACUGAAGAGGACAUAUUAGUCCUCACCAAGAAAGUCAAGUCUCAUGGACUUGUGAAGCCAAAAUCUAGGGUAACAGAAGAGACUUCAGAAUCUACCAGAGUUCUGGGAAGUCCAGAUGGCAAAAGUGAAGAGAGUAACCUAGAAGAAUUUCAAAAAGCCAUAAUGGCUUUCCUAAAAGAGAAAAUUGAUAACAUAGGAAAGCCUUUGGAUAAAAAGACUGUGCCAAAAGAGGAGUUAUUAUUAAAAAUGGCAGAGGUUGAAAAAUUAGGAAUCAUAAAGGCAAAAAUAGAGGAAUAUUUCCAAAAUGUGGCUGAAACUGUGACAAAAACCUUGAGGAAAUACAAAGAUAUAAAAAGUGCAGGACAAGUGGGAGAGAAACCUAUGAAACGAAAAAAAGAAGUCUCAUUUAUGCCAGGAUUGCAUUUUCAGAAGCCCAUUAGUGCAAAGACUGAAAUUAGCACAUUACUGUCAUCUAAGAGCAUGGACCCACUAACUGACAAUUUAAUACAAAUGAUCUUGACUGAGAUAGAAGGGGAAAGAGAUGCUCCAGUAGCCUCAACAGUAGGGAGAGACCACAAGGAAGAGGAAAAACAAAGGCGGGAGGAACAUUUGCAAGAAGGUCAAGAAAAAAUAUUUGGUAAGGGUCUCAAACACCAGUUGCAAGAAGGGAAUUUCUGGAAGAAGGGCUAUGAGAUGAUAAAUAAAAAACUGCUGGAGGAAGAGUCAUGGCUCCAGAUGAAGGAAGGAAAGCAAGGACAACAGAAGCAGAAACAGAGGCAGGAAGAGGAAAUGCGGAAGGAACAGCAGAAACAGAGGAUGCAAAAGCAGACUGAGCAAGAUGAGGAGCAAACACAAAGAGAAGAGGAAGAAGAUUAUCAGAAGUUAAAACAGCAGCAGCUGGAAGCAUGGAAUCGAAAAAUGGAAAAACAAGCACUGCCCCUGGAGAAGGAGAAGGGACAGCAGAAGAGGCAUGUUCAGAAGGAAAUGAGACAUCAAGAGCUGGAAAUAAAUUGGGAGAAAGAGGAGAAGCAAAGGCCAAGGAGAAAUGUAGAGGACCAUGAAAGGCAGAGGCAGAAAAAAACAAAGGAUCAGAUGAAGAUAAAUGAGAAAAACUCCGAAGAACAAGAAAAGAUGUUCAGCCAAACUUCAAUGAUAUUGUCUCCCCGGUGGAAGACCAUACCAAAAGUAGCAUCCCAGUUACACCAAAGAAAAGAGUUCCAUGGGCAUCUUAAGGCAUUAGACAUUCUUGCUGAUGGAAAGCAGCCUAUACCAACCACUCCUCCCUCUACACAAUCACCCUCACCUGAGGCCCUUCCAGUUUCUGGACAGAAUCCCACAAAGUUCCUCACUCUAACUCCUCAGCAGGCUCAGGCACAAGGGAUCACUCUAACCCCACAGCAGGCCCAGGCACUGGGGAUGACUCUCAGCCCUCAGCAGGCUCAGGCACUGGGGAUCACUCUCACCCCUCAACAGGCUGAGGCACAGGGGAUCACACUCACCCCUCAACAGGCUCAGGCACAGGGGAUCACUCUCACCCCUCAGCAGGCCCAGGCACUGGGGAUCACUCUUACCCCUCAGCAGGCUGAGGCACAGGGGAUCACUCUCACCCCUCAGCAGGCUCAGGCACAAGGGAUCACUCUCACCCCACAGCAGGCCCAGGCACUGGGGAUGACUCUCACCCCUCAGCAGGCUCAAGCACUAGGGAUCACUCUCACCCCUGAGCAGGCCCAGGCACUGGGGAUGACUCUCACCCCUCAGCAGGCUCAGGUACAGGGGAUCACUCUCACCCCACAGCAGGCUCAGGCACAAGGGAUCACUCUCACCACUGAGCAGGCCCAGGCACUGGGGAUCACUCUCAUCCCUCAGCAGGCCCAGGUACUGGGGAUCACUCUCACCCCUGAGCAGGCCCAGGCACUGGGGAUCACUCUCACCCCUCAGCAGGCUCAGGCACAAGGGAUCACUCUCACCCCUCAGCAGGCUCAGGCACAGGGGAUCACUCUCACCCCUCAGCAGGCUCAGGCACUGGGGAUGACUCUCAGCCCUCAGCAGGCUCAGGCACAGGGGAUCACUCUCACCCCUGAGCUGGCCCAGGCACCUGGGAUCACUCUCACCCCUCAGCAGGCUCAGGCACAAGGGAUCACUCUCACCCCACAGCAGGCCCAGGCACUGGGGAUGACUCUCACCCCUCAGCAGGCUCAGGUACAGGGGAUCACUCUCACCCCACAGCAGGCUCAGGCACAAGGGAUCACUCUCACCACUGAGCAGGCCCAGGCACUGGGGAUCACUCUCACCCCUGAGCAGGCCCAGGUACUGGGGAUCACUCUCACCCCUGAGCAGGCCCAGGCACUGGGGAUCACUCUCACCCCUCAGCAGGCUCAGGCACAGGGGAUCACUCUCACCCCUCAGCAGGCUCAGGCACAAGGGAUCACUCUCACCCCACAGCAGGCCCAGGCACUGGGGAUGACUCUCACCCCUCAGCAGGCCCAGGCACUGGGGAUCACCCUCACCCCUGAGCAGGCUCAGACACUGGGGAUGACUCUCUCCCCUCAGCAGGCUCAGGCACUAGGGAUCACUCUCACCACUGAGCAGGCCCAGGCACUGGGGAUCACUCUCACCCCUGAGCAGGCCCAGGCACUGGGGAUCACUCUCACCCCUGAGCAGGCCCAGGCACUGGGGAUCACUCUCACCCCUCAGCAGGCUCAGGCACAAGGGAUCACUCUCACCCCUCAGCAGGCCCAGGCACUGGGGAUGACUCUCACCCCUCAGCAGGCCCAGGCACUGGGGAUCACCCUCACCCCUGAGCAGGCUCAGACACUGGGGAUGACUCUCUCCCCUCAGCAGGCUCAGGCACUAGGGAUCACUCUCACCCCUGAGCAGGCCCAGGCACUGGGGAUGACUCUCACCCCUCAGCAGGCUCAGGCACAGGGGAUCACUCUCACCCCUCAGCAGGCUCAGGCACAAGGGAUCACUCUCACCCCACAGCAGGCCCAGGCACUGGGGAUCACUCUCACCCCUCAGCAGGCUCAGGCACAAGGGAUCACUCUCACCCCUGAGCAGGCCUGGGAAUUGGGGGUUCCUAUUACUCUAGAAAGUGCCUGGUUGUCAGCUGUCACUCUUACCCCUGAACAGACCCAAGCUUUAGGUGCCCCUCUCUCCUUAGAACAGGCUCAAGCAUUAGGGGUUUCUUUCUUUCCAGAACACUUCUGGAAAUUUGGAGUCCCUCUCACCUCAGAUAAAUUCCAUUCUAUAGAAUCUCCCCUUGAACAAUUCCCCACAUUGGCCCCUUCCAGUCUUAGAUCAUUUCAAAGAUUGAAGGCUUCUGUCCUCCCUGGGAAAUCCAUUACAUCAAGCCCUAGGCAAGCCCCAGCAUCUGUUCCUAUUGCUGAGAAGUCCUCUGUAUUGGAGGUCUCUUCUACUCCUUUGCAGAUAUCAGGGUCUCCUCUUUCCCAAGACCCUGGGAAAUUGCUAGGAAUGAGAAUUCUUUCUGACCCUGGGAAGCUCCUGGCACCACAGACUUUUCCUUCCUCUAAACAGAUCCUGGUUUCUGAAGGUCAAUCCACCUCUGUUCAGUUUGUAGCACCAGAGGUCCCUCUGUCCCCUGGGAAGUUUGCACUGGAGACCCUUCUUAGUUCUAGAAAGUUCUUAAGAGACUCUUGGACCCCUCAGCUACCUCUGAUAUCAGAGGCCCCUCUGGCCCCCAGGCAGCCUCUUAUAUCUGGAGUCCCACUCUCCUCUGCACAGAUUCCCAGUCUCUUGGCUCCUCUUUCCCCUAGGAAGCCCUUGGUUUCUGGGACCUCUUCUAUCCUGGAAUCUAGACCCUUAACACUCUCUGAGCAGCCCCAGGCAUUCCAGCCCCCUCCUACCUAUGAGCAAUCUCUCUAUCUACAAGUUCCUUCUACUCUUGGGCAGCAUCAUGCUUCCCCACUGUGGAUCCCUCCCACCCCUGGGCAUCCUCCAACACUAUGGACCUCCCCAACCCCUGGGAAGCCCCAGAAAGAUGUGUCUUCUUCUAUAUCUAAGAAAAGUAAGGAAAGAUUGGCAAUUAUUUCUUCUCUGAAGUCUAAAUCAGUCCCUUUUACUGCUAAGGACUUCCAAAUAUCAGAGGUCUCUGACACUUCUGAAGAAAUCCAGACAUGCCAUGAUCCUAUUGCCAUGGAACAAUUUAGAACAUUUCAGUCCUAUCUCACCGAUUACAGGACACCAGUAUCACAAACCCCUUACAUUGGUGGGAGGGCCCUUCCCCCUCUCAUGAAGCCUCUUACUAUGAAACUACCCAAAACGUCACAAAUUUCAUCUUCCGAAUGGGAUCAGAAAACCCAGUUCCCCCCUAUAGACAAGUCCUGGAUACUGACUUCAGAUUCAGUUACCAAGAAACCUAAGAUGAUGGUGUCCCCUUCCUCUCCCCAAGAGCUCAAAGAACAGAGGUAUUUUGUUGAUGUGGAAGCUCAGAGAAAGAACCUGAUACUCUUGAAUCAGGCCACAAAAUCUUCUAGACUGCCUUCACAGCUACACGCAACAGCUAGGAAUCUCAUAAUUGAAACACUUCAUAUGGACAUAGUUCGGCUGGGAUACCUAUUUCGCAAGUACAUUGCUUACAGGCUGAUCCAGCGAGCAAGAAACAACAUAAUCAGACGAUUACAAGCCAUCCAAAACACUGGGAAAGGUUAUGAGACCCAGAAACUCUUCAUAAUGCUGAGCAGAAUUGAUGACUACCAGAAAAAGAUGAUGCAGGUCUGGACCAACAAGCAGAAGUCUUUAGAGCAGAAACGGAAUCAGUGCCUGGGGAAAAUGAUGUUCUUAUUUAGCCAGCUUCAAGGGAUGUAUAAAUUGAAUCUUAGUCAACCUAUCCCUUUGAUCAUCGAUAAUAAGCAGAUACCUGCCUCUACCAAAUUUGUCCAACAGCCAUUCCUAGAGCUGCUAAUAGAAGAUGAGAGAAAGUCUGACACAUUCAAGAAAUUUCGACAACAAGAAGACCAAAUAGGAGCUAUCUGGAAUGCUGAUCUGUCAACUUCAAGCUACCCAAUAACAGAGAAGAUAUCAAUAAAUUCACUCUGGGCCCAGCUGGGUGGGUACCCAGAUAUUCCUAUGCUACUCCAGUUAGAUGUUCAGUCUACCUUCAGAAAAUCUCUUGCAUCCAUUAAAUCACAGUUUAAGAAGAUUCCCAAGUGACUGUAAAAUUAAACACAAGCAUGUUGAAAGUAAAUUUCAGUGUUGC